UCGGUUAAGAAAUUAAUUGUAUUAAGUAGGGAGAUAAUGAGUGGUAAUCGGGGGCAGUUACCGGAUUCUUCCUCUUCACCCCCCAUUAAUAUGCAGUUUGGUGGGUACAGUGCUGGGGAACUUUCAGAAGAGGAAGUUUCAGAACUUCCGAGUUGUGCUUUUGCUACUCGACAAACUUCCAGUUCUAAUUUACAACACCAUUAUUUAUCAACCUUACAUCACAACCCAGACAGUGGCCAAUGCGGAGGCAGCUCCCUCGCCAACUCCGACUAUUACGGCACCUCCCCGUACCGAGUCCAACGCCACGCCGCCAACAUCAGGGAACGAAAAAGGAUGCUGAGGUCUGCUAUUGGACCCACCGGCAGUAUCAACUCUGCAUUCGACGAGCUUCGUAUGCAUGUCCCGACUUUUCCCUACGAGAAAAGACUAAGCAAAAUCGAUACUUUGAGGUUAGCCAUUGCCUACAUAGCUCUCCUCAGGGAGGUUUUAACCGCCGAUUGCGACCCCUUGACCUACGUAGAGAGGUGUUUGAGGGGAGAAAUCAAAGCCGACAGAGCCAACUGGAACACCAGUGAUUUGACGGCGCGACUGUCGUGGAUCAAUUGGGAAAAUCUAGGGGUCAGUCCCAAUAGGAGAAGCGCACUCACCUCGCUCGCCCUCACCUCUGAUAACAUCAACCACUAAAUAAACACACAUAAUUUAUCCAUGUGC